CCCCAGAAGCUGGAGGCGGUCUGGAGCACCAGGCGGUGCCAGCACAGGAGCCGUCUGUGUCACUCAGUUCUAAGCGCCCCUACUUGGCUGCUGCUGCUACCAGUUUCCCCCGGGCAUGGAGCACCCCAGGGAGGGAGGCCUAAUGGAGACCCCAGUAGAGCGAGAGAUCCGAAUCGGUAAGGAGCGGGAGGACAACCUUCGCCGUAGCCGUGGGAUGCUCCCGACCCGGGGCUCUGGGGAGCUGGUGAAGGUGCAGGUCCGGUCGAUCCUGAGCACCACUGCGCCGGAACCUGGCCUCCCCCGGGACCUGAAGCGCAUCUGGGCCGGCAUCCAGAUGCAGAGAGAUAUUCAGAGGGAGACCCAGCGGGAAGAUGCCCUGGUGGAGCAGGGCACCGUGCUGGGCACUUACGACCGUGGGCAGAGCCAGCAACAUCUGCAGGCGAGGAAGUUCCGCUUCGAACAGGCGGGCUCCGUUCCUUCCGUGGGAAAGCCUGUUCCCUCGACCCCCGCAGGCUCCAAGGCUGCUGUUGGCCCUCGGGGCCCCUCGUUUGCUGAGGCCUAUGGCACCUCCCCCAUAGUGAUCUUGGAACAUCAGAGCCUGCUCCCCAGGGAGGUAGGGAGCCAAAGCCCUGAGCUCCAGGCCCCACCAGAGUGCCUUCUGCUCCUGGAGCACGAAUUCCAGGAGAUGGCGGAGCGUGAGUUGGAGUCGCAGAUUCAGAGGCAACCACCGUAUGGAAUCCCGGAAUCCGAGGAGUCCCACAAGGACAACAAGAAGAGAUUGCCCGUCAAGAAGCUGGCUGUGAUCUGGCCGCCCCCUCAGGACACCAGGACCACUCAGGAGAAGAGCCCAGAUCAGGACUCCACCUCCCAGGUGCAGAGCCAGAAAAGUGCCUUGUACCAGCGCUGGGAGCCAAGCCAUCAGCAGCAGAGUAAGGAGGAAUAGUGGCCCCCAUGCCAAUCUUCUCUUUGGCCUACGCUGCCCCCUACUCCCUUCCGAACCCUGGACCUUAGGGUUCUGUAGCUGGGCCCCAGCCUUGUCCCUUGAUCCCCCCCUAACACUACCUUUUGGGAGGACUCUGGGGGUAGUGGGAAGGUGAGGACAGGUCUCCUUUUUAUUCCUCCAACUCUGGGUUGUCUUGAAAUUUCAACUAAUUACUCCCCCACCGCCACCCCAUCGAUUGUUACAGUGCUGUUUUUCCUCUCUGUGCCAUCAAUAAAGGCCUUCCCUGGCCCCAGUUGGGGACAGGGGCCAUUUUGAA